UCCAGGUGUCUGAAGAUGUCGUCUGAACUCCUGGAGCCUCCUGCAGGAGAUCACCUGUGGGGGGGAGGAGAGGAGGGGGCUCAGAGGAGGGAGGUGGGCUGUCAGUGGGAGAGUCCAGAGGAGGAGAGGAGGAGGGAGGUGGGCUGUCAGAGCGAAUCAGCUGACAGGAGGGACGCUGCUGUGCAGGUGGAUCUGCUGACUCAGCAGCUCAGCUGGAGACACACAGGCUCGUCUCAGAUGCUGCUUGAGUGUUUUGCAGUCAGACCCGAUGGACCAGACGGGGGCGCUCUCUUGCAGCACUGCAACCCCAACCGGACCAGAACCAGGACCAUCCAACCGGCUGUCAAACUGUCCCCUGAACUCACCUCGACCCGGUCCAGGUCCCAGAAGAGACCGCCCCCAAACACCACCGCCAAGAGGAGACGGGCUCAACGAGGCCGCCGCCGCAGAAGCCACGUGUCACCUGACCCCGACCUCCAGGAAGAGGAAGAGGAGGAGGAGGAGGAGGGGGUGGGGGAGGAAGAGGAGGGGGACACAGGUGAUCCCACCUGGUCUCCACCUGAGAGAGACCUCAUCGCUCCCCAGUCUCCCGCCGUCCAGCUGGACUCAGACUCCCAGCAUGCACCUCUCCUGGGGGUGAAGCUGGAGCCCGACAGCACGGUGUGCGAUGUUUGUGGGAAAGUGAUGAAGAACAAGUCGAGCCUGGCGCGUCACGCCUUCAUCCACACGGGGAACAAACCGUUCGCCUGCCACUUGUGCGAGAUGCGAUUCAACCGCCGCGACAACCUGCAGCACCACCUGAGCAGGCUCCACCCCAACGGCGUCGCCAAGCUGGAGAAGCAGCGUAACGUGCAGGCGUGGCUCUGUGCCGUCUGCGGCAAAACCUUCAACUGCAGGUCGAGACUGAAAACACACGAGGUCAUCCACUCGGGGGUCAAACCGCACCGCUGCGACCUCUGCCCCAAAACCUACAUGAGGACCAACGACCUCGAGCACCACAAGAAGGUCGUCCAUGUGGACGGCGGCACCGAGGCUCAGCGGCCGCGCUCGCUGCUCUGUGACCUCUGUGGGAAAGAGUUCAAAUGUAGGUCACAGCUGGCGCUCCACUUCCUGUCUCACACCGGAGAGAGGCCACACCUCUGUGACAUCUGCGGGCGCAAGUUCAGCCGUCAGUACCAGCUCAAACGCCACGACAUCCUGGUGCACGCCAACAGAGUGGACGGCGAGGAGAACGUGGCGCCCGACGCGCCGUUUGCAUGUGACGUCUGCGGGAAGCGUUUGAAAUCAGAGGCGCUGCUUUCCGCUCACACUCGCAUCCACUCCGGAGACAAACCGCACCGCUGCGGCGUCUGUCUGCGCAGCUUCCAGCGCGCCACCUGCCUGAAGCAGCACCACGUACGGGUUCACCUGAGGGCCAAGCAGGGGGCAGCGCUCUUCAAGUUCAGAUCUCUGCUGGCGAGUCACUCGCUCGUCCACAGCGAGGAGCGACCGUACGCCUGCGACUUCUGCAGCCGCAGCUUCAGACGCCACAGCCACCUGAAGAGGCACCGCCACGUCGUGCACGCCAACGGAGCGCGCCCGCCACAGAGCUUUGUGUGCCACAUCUGCGGGAAGGACAAGAAGUGCCGCUCGCAGCUCGCCAGACACGUCAUCAUCCACACGGGCGAGCGGCCGUACACCUGCGACCUCUGCCCUGCUCGCUUCAACCGCAGCGGGAACCUGCAGCAGCACAGGAAACGCAUGCAUGGCGUGGGGGCGGAGCCUGCAGAGGAAGCCCCGCCCAUCCUGUUUGAUGAUGACAUGACACCUGCACUGACCUACAAACAGGAAGAGACGGUGGUUGCCGUGGACGCUGAAGUCUGUGACGAGACGAGUCUGCAGCUCGUCAACAUCUGA